AGGGGCUGCAAGGCAGAACAUCAGGCUUCGUCCUCAUCACCUCACACCCAAACAAUAUCACAGCCUCCAUUGUCGUAAUUCGCAUUCCCGUUUGCCUCUUGCAUCAAUCUAAAUGAAGGACAGAGUAGAACUCCUUUAAUUCUUUUGCACGCUCCUUGGAGUUCUCUACACCUUUUAUUAUGUGCUAGUGUUGCAUUUUGCUUCUCUUGAAACACCUUCACUAUGGCUGCCUCAAUGUUGCUACGCCAGAUCAAAACGCUUGCGUGGAAGGACCUGCUUCUGGUCCUGAACCGCAAGCGGAGAUAUUCGACAUACUGGCGUGCUUUCAACAUCCCUAUCAUCCUAGCCAUCUAUAUGGCCUUUAUCAUUCGCGUCUACUGGCCCACCGAGACUUACGGUAUUGGAACCCCUAGCGUGGUAAGACCAUUAUCAGAUGCAAUCGCCGAGGCCAUGGGCAAUCGGAGGACGCUAGCACUGUGCAAUUAUGGAAGCUCUGGAAGCCAAGGCGAGAUCCAGAAAGUCAUCGAUAUCGUCGCUGCAUCAGCCAGGGGAAAUCGCGGCCAGGUGGUGGAGAUCUUGCGCAACCCUGACGAUCUCCUCACCCUCUGUAAAAGCUCCUUGUCCGGCGUCACGAAGUGCUAUGGAGCUGCAGAGUUCUAUUCGUCUCCAACCGAAGGUGGCAUCUGGAACUACACUCUCCGCGUAGAUGGAGCUCUUGGUUACAAAAUCAACGUCAAGAACAAUAAGAAUGACGCCGAAAUCUUUCCAAUGCCGCUUCAGCGUGCCAUCGAUACAGCCAUCGCUAACGUCAGUUCUGCGAGCGGGGCCAAACCCCUUCCUUCCGUAAAGGAGUAUCCGUUCACCUCAAAGACGCAGAAACAAUGGGACGACUCCGUCGUCACCUCAAUCCAGAACGCUAACACAAAAUACAUCGCGAUCGUUUGGUACAUUGGCUUCAUUGGGCUUUGCUACCAGCUUGUGGGUGUAAUGGCGAGGGAGAGGGAACAAGGCAUGGCGGACCUUCUCGAAUCGAUGAUGCCGAAUGUGGCAAGGUGGCAACCCCAACUUGCCCGCCUCAUGGGCCACUGGGUCGCUUUCACGAUUGUCUAUUUCCCCUCGUGGAUCGUCAUGGCGAUAAUCAUGAAAGCUGGCCUCUUUCCCAAGACAAACGCAGGCAUCCUGGUCAUCUUCAAUAUACUCACCGGAAUUUCGUUGAAUUCGUUCUCAAUCCUAGGGGCGGCCUUCUUCAAGAGGGCCCAACUGAGUGGUAUCUCGGUUGUGGUUGUGGCGAUCGUCCUUGGCAUAGGCGCCCAAAUAUCAGCAAAGACUAUCUCGACGGGUGCCGUCGCCAUUCUGGGCCUCCUUUUCACGCCAAUGACCUUCGUGUAUUUCAUGAUCUUCUUGUCUCGACAUGAGCACAAGCAGAUGGUGCCGAACCUACUCAAAGCGGCACCGGAUGCGACCUGGAGGCUGCCGGGACUGGUGUUCUGGCUCUUCAUGCUCAUCCAAGUCUUGGCCUACCCGGUCCUUGGUGCCCUACUUGAGCGGUGGUUCUAUAGGACAGCGUCCCAGGGAAGGAAGAUAAGCUAUACCGAUACCGCACAUCCUGUAGUUUUGAAUAACUUCACUAAGCGGUACUAUCCCAACUGGUUUUUAGCAGCGCUUGGCUUCAAGAAAAGAGUUGUUCAUGCUGUAACGGAUUUAUCUUUGGCACCAAUGAAAGGCCAGAUCAUGGUCUUGGUUGGCGCAAAUGGAUGUGGAAAGUCAACGACCCUGAACGCUAUCGCAGGUCUUGGGGAUGUAACUACGGGCUCUAUCACAGUCUCUGGAUCUGGAGGCAUUGGAAUUUGCCCGCAGAAGAACGUCUUGUGGGAGUUCCUGACAGUAGAACAGCAUGCCAGGAUCUUCAAUCGAAUCAAGUCCAACACGCUCAGCCCAACCACUGACGCCGAACUCAGCAAACUUAUCUACGACUGUGGGCUAACCCAUAAGAUUAAAUCUUAUGCACAGACUCUUUCGGGCGGCCAGCAACGGAAGCUUCAGCUCAUCAUGAUGCUGACAGGAGGAAGCCAAGUUUGCUGUGUCGAUGAAGUCUCGGGAGGACUUGAUCCAUUGAGCAGAAGAAAGAUUUGGGAUAUUCUUCUCGCCGAACGGGGAACCCGAACCUUCGUCUUAACAACGCACUUCCUGGACGAAGCCGAAUUCCUUGCGGAUCACAUGGUUAUAAUGUCAAAAGGGACGUUGAAAGCUGAAGGAUCCGUGUCUGAAAUAAAGAGCAAGCUCGGCCAGGGCUACCGGUUCCACCUAUUACGUGGUUCAGGCUAUGGGGACUUACCUGAUUUCGAUGAGUUGUUUUCGGGCUACGCUAAGGAGAGCUUCUUUGAUCAAGAGGUGAUUCUCGUGCCCGACGCCCGUCGCGCUAUGGAAAUCAUCAAAGAGCUAGAAAGGCGCCAGAUUACGAAAUACCAAGUCACAGGUCCAACUAUCGAGGAAGUCUUCAUGACACUAGCUGAGGACCCCGAUGCAGUACUUCCUUCAGAUGCCUCACAAACGUCGGGUGACUCAGCUACCGUGCAGGCUCAUCGUCAGGAGCAAGAGAAGCAGACUGCCGAGCCCCCUAGUGACCAGGCUGCAGAGGCCUUGAUGACUGGGAGAGCUAUUAGCUUUCUGCACCAGGCCUUCAUUUUGUUUUUGAAGCGUUUAACGAUCCUUCAAAGAAAUUAUCUGCCUUACGCUUCAGCCUUUCUUAUCCCGAUCAUCGCGACAGCCUGUAUCUCUGUUCUCCUGCACAACAAGAAAUACCCGGGUUGUCAGCCUCAUCAGCAGGUUCAGGAAACAGAUCUCGAGACACUGUCCCAGAAAAUGGACUAUAAGCCUCUUCUCGUCGUUGGACCAACGAGUGCCCUACAAAACGUGAACCUGACUCUCUUUCAAUCUAUGUUACCUGUUCAAUUUGGCAAUGCAAGCGCUUCUGAGACAGCCCUGUUCGACUAUAUCAAACUUGUCGAUACUCUAGAUGACUUUAAUGCGUACAUUAAGGCGAACUUUAGUACGGUUACACCUGGUGGAUUCUUCCUUGGCGACGAGCCCAUCUUCAGCUUUUACUCCAACCUUGGCUUCCUCGGUCUUUACUCGUCUAUAUUUAUGCAGAACGCAGUUGACAUGCUGCUUACGAAUACGACCAUCUCAACCAAUUUCCGAUCUUUCAACUACCCAUGGCCGGAAGAUGCGACCAAUCAGAUCCAAUUUAUAUUUUAUUUCGGCUUAAUUAUGGCGUGCUAUCCUGCAUUCUUCGCUCUUUAUCCCACAGUUGAACGGCUUCGCAAGAUUCGGGCGCUUGAGUACAACAACGGGGCGCGUCCUCUCCCGCUUUGGCUGGCCUACACCGCUUUUGACUGGUUUAACAUACUGAUCACGAGCGUCAUCAUUACAAUCAUUUUGGCAGCUUCGACUGCGAACAACUGGUGGAAUAUCUCGUACCUCUUUGUGGUCCUAUUCCUCUACGGAUUGGCUGCUCUCUUAUGGUCAUACAUGAUUGCAAAAUUCGCUAAGUCUCAGCUAGCCGCGUUUGCAAUCGCUGCUGGAUCCCAGGCCUUCAUGCUCCUCAUGUAUUUCACUGGAGUAAUGAACAUCCAGACUCGUGUUCAGGCCCAUAAAGUCAACGAUGACCUCGCGCUGUUCAAUUACACCUUCAACCUAAUAACACCAAUUGGAAACCUGACAAGAGCAUUGAUUGUAGCCAUGAACAUGUUUUCCGCACUCUGUCGCGGCAGCCCUCCGCACAUGGCAAGCUAUCCUGGGGAGUUUAGUCUAUACGGCGCUCCUAUCUUAUAUCUACUAGGACAAUCUCUCGUUAUGUUCGGGAUCCUCAUGAUAGCAGAUCACGGUUGGGCUACACAUUGGUUUAAGAGAGCAGCAAAAACACGGGACGCGGAGGAUCAGAUCACUAGAGAGAAGGAAGUCUCCGAGGAGAUUGAGCGGGUUGCGCAUGCCACUGAUGGUCUUCGCGUUCAACACCUUACGAGGUCUUUCAAAUCUCGCCGCUAUGGGAAGAUUACUCCUGUCGACGAUCUUACAUUCGGUGUUCAGAAAGGGGAGGUUUUCGCAGUUGUUGGUCCCAAUGGUGCAGGCAAAUCAACUACAAUCAACAUGAUCCGUGGCGAAAUCCAGCCUACUCAAAGCGGAGGUGAGAUCCACCUCGGAGAUAUUGAUGUCCGCAAGGAUAGACGCGUUGCCCGCUCUCGGCUUGGUGUGUGUCCACAAUUCGAUGCCGUCGACCAGAUGACGGUUCUCGAACAUCUUGAAUUCUACGCUGGAGUGAGAGGUGUCUCUGAUGCUAAGCGCAAUGCACGGCAAAUUGUAAAAGCCGUCGGGCUCGAGAAAUUUGCAAAGACCAUGGGGUCAAAGCUGUCAGGCGGUAACAAGAGAAAGCUUAGUUUGGGUAUUGCUCUCAUCGGAAAUCCAGAGCUUGUCUUGUUGGACGAGCCUAGCAGCGGUAUGGAUCCGCUUGCGAAGAGAACCAUGUGGAAGACACUGGCACAAUUUAAGACCGGGCGGAGUGUUUUGCUCACGACCCACUCGAUGGAGGAAGCAGACCAUCUUGCAAAUCGCGUCGGUGUUAUGGCCAAGACUUUACUCGAUGUUGGUACCACAGCGCACCUGCGAGAGAAGCAUGGCUAUGGCUUUCACAUCCAACUCAUCUGCGAGUCCGCACCACAUAGCACACAGGAUGAAAUGAAUACUGUUAAGCAGUGGGUCGAGGAGCACCUCCCAGGCGCGCAACUGGAGGGUAUGCCAUACCAUGGACAGCUUCGCUUCAACAUUCCAUCCCAUAUCGCCGCCGAUGGAACAGCCAAGCCCUCAGACAGCAAAGACGAAGUCACCAAAGAUGAAGUCACUGUUGGCAACCUGUUCCUCUUGCUCGAAGAGAAUAAGAACAAGUUGGGGUUAGAAUUUUACUCCGUUUCUCCAUCCACCUUUGAUGAAGUUUUCCUGAGAGUCGUAGAGAAACAUAAUGUGGGCGAGGAAGAUUAUUCAAGGAAGAAGAAAGGUCUUAAAUAUUACAUCGAGCGGUGGUUUGGGAAGAAGAGCAGGGAGCAGAGCGGACAAGGUGAGCAGGCACAGCAAGCACAGCAGGUACAGCAGGUACAGCAGGCACAGUAGGCACAGUAGGCACAGUAGGCACAGUAGGCACAGUAGGCACAGUAGGCACAGUAGGCACAGUAGGCACAAGUUGUCUCUUGAUUAUUCGCAAUUUGUAACAUAGAUCUGGCCUCUUACGGGUAGCGGUUUUAGUGGUGUUCCACUACGUGUAUGCAUCUCAAAUCCGGCAU